AGGAGCUAAGAAGAGGCCCCACUCAACACAAUAUGCCCCACCUGUCAGUGAAUAGAGAACCCAGGGGCGCACUCGCAGCCGUGGGAAACGAUCACCCGCCACUGGGACUUGGGCCCACUGGAACCCCGCACUGGGGCCACAGGGAAGUGAGCGACGCCGAGACGUCCUCGUCGUUUCCCACUCGCGUCUCCCCGGGCUCCCCGUGGUCAACUCGUUGCUUCCCCAGACGCUGACCGGCGGGGGAAUAGGCCUUGGCCUGGCCACCCAAAAGACCGAACACCUUGCGCACACCACCUCCCUCCGCACCAUGGGGGCGCCAUGACACCACCACCCGCAGCUCCCGCUACCGCACACACCCCCACUCCGCUCCCUCCUCCUCCUCCUCUUCCUCCUCCCACAUGCUUCCGCGCUACGGCCUCGUCGUCGCCGUCCUCCGUCUGUUCGUGCUCUUGUUGCCCGCGGCGCUCGCCCAGGGGCAGCCGCCGCUCCCGCGGCAGGACGUUGCCGCGCUCUACCGGCUGCGCGCGUCGCUGGGCGUGCGCGCGCGGGACUGGCCGGUCAAGGCGGACCCCUGCGCCGCCUGGGUCGGAGUCGCCUGCCGCGCCGGGCGCGUCAAGGAGAUCCGCCUCCGCGGACUCCGCCGCACAACCGCCGGCGCCCGCAGCGCGUCCUUCGCAGUCGACGCGCUGUCCGGCCUCACGGCACUCGAAGUUUUCAACGCCUCCGGGUUCCCGCUCCCCGGCCCGAUCCCGGCGUGGUUCGGCCGCGGACUCCCGCCGUCGCUCGCCAUCUUGGACCUCCGCUCCGCUCACGUCAAUGGAAAGCUGCCCCUCUAUCUUGGCAUGUCCGGGAACCUGUCGACACUUGUUCUCGCUGGUAACAGCCUCUCCGGCCGGAUUCCGGCGUCGCUUUUCUCCGGUAAGACUCUCCAAUUUGUUGAUCUUUCGAACAACAAUCUCACCGGUGAGCUUCCAAGCGUGUCUGUCUCUGCCGGUGACGUUGCUGGAGUUUUGUUUAACGCUUCGGGGAAUUCACUGUACGGUGCAAUCGAUGAUGGCCUUGGGUCCCUCAAAAGGAGGUUUCAGGUGGUCGAUGUCUCGAGCAAUUACUUUGGCCAAGCGCCCGGGAUUGGAUUUGGGAAUGGCUCUGAUGGAACAGUGUAUGUCAAGAUGAAUUGCUUGUCAAGCAUACCAAGCCAGCGCAGCCGUGGUGAUUGCGAGGAGUUCUAUAAAAGGAAUGGAUUGGCAUUGCCAGAACCACCACAAGCAUCGCCAUCACCAGGCAAGAAAUGGGUCAGGUGGAAGUAUGUACUGACUGGAGUUCUUGGAGCUGCCGCAGUUGUGGUUGUUCUUUUCCUUAUAGCACUGGUGUUUUGCUUGGUGGGGAGGGGGAGAAAGAGACCGAAAGGAAGAGGAUUGGAGCAGAACGAGGAAGGCAUCCGCUCUGGUCGCAGGAGCAGCAGUGUGAAUCCGGUGGUGCUGUCACCCACGGCAGCCCCCUGGACAGCUAACACUGCACCCAAGGGUUUGCCUAUCAUCAUGGAAGAGUUCACCUACGAGCAGUUGCACCAUGUCACCGGAGGCUUUGGAGACUACAACCUUGUUAAGCAUGGGCGCUCUGGGGACAUUUACCAGGGUGUCUUGGAUAAUGGCUUCAAUGUUGUUGUAAAAAGGAUCGACCUGAAGAGCGCUAAGAAGAACAUAGAGGAAUUGGGCUUUCUUAUGAAAAAAUCCCAUGGAAGGAUUGUUCCGUUGCUGGGGCAUUUGGUCAAGGAUGAGGAGGCAUUGCUAGUGUACAAGUACAUGGCAAAGGGAGAUUUGACAACCGUACUGCACAAGAAGCCUGUGCAUGCUGAAGAGCGUUUGUGUUCAUUAGAUUGGAUAACAAGACUGAAGAUUGCUAUUGGUGUAGCUGAGGCCUUGUGCUUCCUUCAUGAUGAAUGCAGUCCACCAUUGGUUCACAGAGAUAUCCAAGCUAGCAGUGUGCUUCUUGAUGACAAAUUUGAAGUGCGCCUUGGGAGUUUGAGUGAAAUUUGCCGUCAACCAAGUGAGGGGAGCAGGAGUUUUAUCUCUAGGGUGUUGAGAUCGUCAAAGUCUCUCGACAAGAACAAAUCAGGUCCACCAGCUAGCUGUUCAUAUGAUGUUUACUGCUUUGGAAUGGUGCUACUUGGGCUGAUCACCGGGAAUUUUGGUGCGAGUGGCUCGAGUGACACCGUCUCAGAGGAGUGGUUGGCAAGCACGUUAGGUUACAUUGAAACCCAUGAUAAGGAGAGCAUCGCAAAUAUUGUAGACCCUUCACUGGUUGUGGAUGAAGACCACUUGGAAGAAGUCUGGGCAGUGUCCAUUGUUGCAAAGACAUGCUUGAAUCCAAUGCCCUCCAGGCGGCCACUUGCUCGGUACAUCUUGAAAGCACUGGAGAACCCGCUAAGGGUGGUGCGGGAAGAGCUCUUCUCCAGCUCCUGCAGUUCACCUCGGCUCAGGAGUACCUCGUCUCGAAGCUCUUGGCGUUCUGCUUUCCAUGGACACUCGUACCGAUGGUCAGAGCUCACACAAACAUCAGGGAAAGCACUUGCUCCCAAGCAGUCCGUGAAAUCGCAAGGAAGUGACGAGGAGGAAAAUCAGUUCUCGUUCAAGAUGGCUUCACGGGAGAUGUUCCCAGAUCCAGUAGAGUUGGAAGAAAAUGUUGUUGUUUAGGAUCUCCACAGAUUAGCGAUACUUGAGACUUCUUUUAAAUAUCAGAUGUGUAUAAUUCGACCUCUGAUGUGCAUAUUUUGAUGCCCCUAGUAGGUGAAAAACUGUGCAUACAGGGAGUAGGCUCUCUUUCUCCUCCCCUUCUCAUUUCACUUUUUUGUAACCUGUACUAGGAAUAAAUCUGUAACCUGUACUGAGAAUAAAUGGCCCACAGCAGCUGCGGCCCUCGCAUUUGGCUGAAAUUUUGGAAGAACAUUCUCAUUUGCCA